AAAAAAAAAUUAUUCACAGCCACUUGACGUCGACAUCCACGAUUUGUUGGAUGGGAUUGGUAGGAGACGGCGAAAGAGACUGCCGACCGCCGACAUCUACACACGGACAGGCUUCGGACGCCUUCGUCACACUUUCCAUUCCUUUGUACUAGCUCUGUGUCUCAACCCGCGAUGCGCCUCUUCAAUAAGUUUCACACUGUAUGCGCCUUGGCCGUAGCUAGUAUCCUGCUAUCGGCCUGGUUCCUCGCUUCCCAGAAUUACUAUAGACGAGUGGUGCCGACCAAUGGUGAAGACUCCAGUUUCAAUGUCGCUACCUCCUUUGAUCGGAGGUUAGUCGUAUUCGGUGAUUCGUGGAGCGAUAACAAUGCGGGCGAGCUUCAAGGGUCUGUCUGGACGGAGUGGCUUUGUUCGAAGGUAGGCAAACCCAAAAACAAAGGCCGUCCCAGGGCUUGAAUUGACGAUGAGCUCAUUCACGGUUUAGUUUCAAUGCCACCAUGAGAAUAUGGCGCAGACAGCUAAGUCACUAAGAGGAAAGUAUAUUGGCUCGGUCGUAGACAAUGACGAGUUACCAGAUUCAUUGCUCAACUUACACAAGUCACCGUUGGCCGACUUCAAGGCUCAGGUCAGUCAGUGGACCGCCGCUGAGGCACGUGCUGUGCAAGAAGACCUAGCUGGCAACAAGGAAAUGAUCAGCCACCGCCAGAACCGCACCAUUAUUGUCGUUUCCUUUGGUGUUUGGGAUGUGUGGAACAUGUUGGAUAUGGACUACGACACUGCAACGCAAUCAGUGGAUCGCAGCAUUGGUGUCAUCAUCGAUCAGCUCAAUGUGCUGUCUCAGAGUUUGGGCACGAAUGAGCUCAAGGUCAUCCUGACAUUGACACCAGAUGUCACCUUCCUUCCAGCGUUCAGGCCCACGAGAAGCCAUAUCGGCCGGCACAAAGAGGCGGUCCAAAUUACGGAAUAUUGGAACCGUCGACUUCGUGAGGCUGCAGAAAAAUGGGACCUAGGCACAAUCUAUCUGUUCGAUACGAACGCUUUUCUAGCCGACCUGAUCCGUGAUUGGCAACUAUAUGCUGCCGGCAUUGAAGAACCCAAUGGGCUGGGAAAGAACCAGGAACCCGGGUGGGAGAAUGUCGACGACGCAUGCGUCGAAAAUGAACAGCAACUAGUGAUGACAUCAGAGGUGAAAAAAUGUGACAACCCAGAGAAGUUCUUAUUCUGGAACGAGAUGCAUCUGGGUCCUUCGGCCCACCGACUCAUGGGUACGGAAAUUUUUCACGGGAUCGAAGAAAUGUGGCUCAGAUAAACGUGGAUUUCUAAGAAAGAAAGAUUUUAAAAAAAAUGUUAAAAAAAACAGAGGCAUAAAUAAUGUGUUUUUUCUCUCCAGUACACCACCACGGAUAAGACACGCACAAUAUAGCCGUAAUUCCUUGCUCGGGAGGAGGUGUGUUUCUGUAGACAACCAAGGCCACCGCUGGUUUCCGACACACAACAAACGCUUGCUGCAGAGGGAACACAGCCAGGGAUGACCUCAGCUGAUGAGCUCACAAAGAAGCCCUUCUGUUCAGCUUGUUUGACCUUGGCUAUGUCUCCCAGAAGCCUGGCUGUGCACCAAUCAUGAGUCUCUAGCUGUCUCAUUUUGUCUCAUUUUUAACGAGAUUGGUCUGCCGAAUCUUGGCGAUGGAAAAUCUCAGACCCAGUAACCAAGAUCUCGCGAGGUGGUAUGUCCCAUUCAAACAUGGUGGAGUAAAAAAAGUAGACUCCAUCGGGCUCGACUGCAACGUGAUUGUGGAGCGACGAUCACGGAAUGGGAGAUCGACCCAAUACCUUGGGAGACCUGCAAGUUGUAACCGUCAUGACAUAAGGCUUCCCCAGCUGGCUGGAGGGAGCACCUUGACGCCGAUCGUUUUUCUUUGACCUAGGAGAGAAAAGAAGUUCUUUGUGAGAGGGACUGCGGC